CAACCAAUGAUGUGACCGUGCAGGUCGGAGAGUCUCUCCACGCCUCUCUCUCUCUCUCUCUCUCUCUCUCCCUCUCUCUCUCUCUCUCUCUCGGUCUCCGUGUCUGUCUAGCGCCACGCAAAUUCUGAAAACACGAUUACAUGCGAGAGCCGAACGAGUGGGUAUCAUGCAGUCACAUGAAGCCACUUCAUCUCUAGUAGUCGAUAUCCACGCGAAUCACCUCUCUUCGACCUCGUUUAGAGGCUUUUUUCUCUGCGUCUAAUCGGAGAGGGAGCAGCCAGGAUUCAGAGACGGAGAAAACAGGAAUGUUUCUUCCGGUUCUGAAGAGUGUGAAAACCGAACGGAAGCCGAUGUGGUCUUUGUAGUCUGUCAGCAAAGUCUUGUACUCCUUCCUUCACUUCCACGUCUCGUCUCAUUGAACGCCGUGCAAGCCAGCUCUGCUACCGCCUUUGGUUUCUCCCCAGCUGCAGGAAAAGAACACUGAGACAAGAGAGAGGCCUCUGUCUUCAGAACUGCAGCCAACUUCUGACUGCGUGUCAGUGAGCGCCUCCUUUUUUCACCUUCCAAAGACCCACAUUUCAACAUAACUGUAACCUCCAAACCUACAGCAAGCUGCUAGUGAAGUCAUCACAGGUGCAAUUGGCUAUUGCUCCCACCUUGGAAGCAGGAUCGACUGUCGUCCUCUGACUGGCCGUCAACUGGUGCCCCUUCAGCGGAGGAGGGAGGGAAAGAAGGCCUCUGAACGCUUCGCCGCUUUCCCUGGAGAUGAAGUUGCAGGCUGUCAUGGAAAAUCUGCACAGGCAGCAGAGGGCCAAGCUACUGAUGGAGCAGCAGCUACAGCAGCAAGCCGCCACCCAACAGACUCAGGUCCGCACAGGUGAAGGGGAUGAGCUGAUUGGGAGCCCGGUGCCUGAGACAGAGCAGACCCAGAUAGCAGCUCUUGCAGCCAUGCGUGCUGCAGCCGCAGGGCUGCAGAGGGUGUCAGACAGCCCCAUAUCGGACCGCAGCAGCGGUGGUGAUGAUGAUGGUGAUGAUGAGGACAAUGAUGAAGAGGAAGAGGACAAAGACAUGUUGGGGUCAGAUGAAGAGGAACAGAUUAAACGGAAAUGGGACGAGGACGACUUUGAAGGUGAAGUGGAAGAAGACUUCGAUGAUGACCUUGCAGAGGAAGGUCUGCCUACGGGGCAUGACGCAGUGGCCCCUGGGAAGGGCAUUCUUCUGUUGCCUCACCGCCAGCUUCACCCCCAUUCCCAGCUGCUGAAGGUCCGUCCCAGUGUUGAGCAUGAGCCCCGCUCAACAGUGGGAGCACAUCUUCAUUCGCAUGCCACGCACAGCCACUUGGGUGGGCAGGACCAUGGAGAGUGGACCUAUGAGGAGCAGUUCAGACAGCUCUAUGAACUGGAUGGAGACCCAAAGAGAAAAGAGUUUCUGGAUGACCUCUUCAGCUUCAUGCAAAAACGAGGAACCCCAGUGAAUCGUAUUCCCAUCAUGGCCAAGCAGGUCCUGGAUCUCUACAUGCUCUACAAGCUGGUGACAGAGAAGGGUGGCCUGGUGGAGGUCAUCAAUAAGAAAUUGUGGAGGGAGAUCACCAAAGGACUCAACCUGCCUACCUCAAUCACCAGUGCAGCCUUCACCCUUCGCACACAAUACAUGAAGUACCUGUACCCAUAUGAAUGUGAAAAGAGAGCUCUGAGCAACCCCAACGAGCUUCAGGCAGCCAUCGACAGUAAUCGACGGGAGGGCCGGCGACAAAGCUUUGGCAGCGCUCUCUUCACCUACUCUCCCAACGGUACACCCACCAUGCUGUCCUCGCCAAAGCUCCCCACACCCGGUAUGGGCUUGACAGUGGGCACCAAUGGGGCCUCACUAGGCCACAAGCGCAAGAAAGAAGAAGAAGGAGGCCAGCCUCUGCCGGGGGUCAGCAUGGCUCGCUUGCCGGCAGGGGGCUUGGCAAGUCACUCAGUGGCUGCUGUGCAGGCAGCAGCAGCCCAGGCAGCCAUGGCCGCUCAGGUGGCUGCUCUGGAGCAGCUGAGGGACAAACUGGAAGCCGGCGAACCGCCAGCGAAGAAGAGGCCACUGCCUCCCGAGGAACACCACCAACUGCUGCAGAGAGCGCUGCAACACAACCUGCUAGCCAUGACCGCUCAAAUACCUAUGAACAUUCGCAUCAACAGCCAAGAUGGCAGACAAGACUCAGCUCUGAACCUCACCACAAACGGCACAGGCAGCAUCAGCAUGUCCGUGGAGCUCAAUGGAGUGGUGUACACUGGCGUUCUUUUCGCUCAGGGAGCACCAGGGUCAGCCUUGUCUGGUGCAUCUGUCACCAACAAGGCUGCCAGCAGUCGUGUCGCUCCACAACAACAACAACAGCAGCAGCAGCAGCAGCAGCAGAACACACCUACCUCAAUCUCCAGCAACCCAUUGUCUUAACAAACUCCCAGCCUUUCCUUUAUUAUUAUUUUUUUUAAUUACCACGCUAAGUGAAGCCAAAAAGCAACCUCAUUUUCUAUUUCAUCAAUGCCAAAAAAAGAAAAGAGAAGAACCAUAAACCGUACAGAAAGACACAAACUGAAACUCUGUUCACUUGAAGUACACUAUCUCAGGUUUCCUCUCACAAACUCGCCUCUUUUGUUCUUCAUCGCCAAAAUGAUCUUAAAAAGAAAAAUCUCCCAACUGAGAGCCAGUAUAUGCUAACAAAUACAUAUGCACAGCCUGUGAAUUAUUUAUUUCUGCAUAAAUGUACAGAUUAUUUGGAGAACAAAAGAGAAGAUAAUAACUAGGAAAGGUAAAGCAUUGUUUACACAUAAACACAGCUACUGACUGACAAUGAUGUUUUAUCCUUCAGAGGAGAGAUUUUAUUUUAAGUUUUCAUUGUCAUUAUUAUCAUUAUUUUUAUUCUCUUUGUUUUGUUUUUUAAAUCAUUUAAAUCUUUAACAAUCUUUUCACUGCAGGAAAAAAAUAUAUUUAGAAUUCUAUACAAAAAAAAUUCUAUUUUUAAUCAGAAAAACUUUAAUGAUGUUUCUUCAGGGCAUAUAUACAUAUAUAUAUAUAAAUACAAAGUACCGUUGUGACCUCAUUUUGGGUAAACCCUUAUUCACACGGCAGCCAUUUCGAGUCUCUGUGUGAAAGAGCAGUGCAGGUCUGCGCUCCUGUUGUGAGAGGACAUAUGCAUUAAAUCACAGAUUCUCCUGUGAAAUGACCGUGUGACGUUGGCUUCUUCGGGGAGCUAAUUCAGACGACAAGCUCGGAGUGACGCAAAGGAGUGCGUGCUGGAAACGGGCUUAGGCGCUCUCUAGUAGCGGUCGCAGGUGUUCAUCUGUGACAUUCGGCUAAUUUAGAUAAAAAAUCCACUCCUGUUUGUUGAUGCGAGGCUUGUUAAAUAUACUUUUUUUUUUUUUUUUUUCAUCUUGCAGGUAGAGUGUUCAAAAUGGCUGUUUUUGUAAGAGUAAGGUCAGUUUGUACAGGUGGUAAAAUUAAGUUUUUGUUUGUUUUUGUUUUGUUUUUUAACCUCAUCACGAUGGAUUUUCUCAGUGGUGUCCACACCAAGUGUUCCUUUUCCUGUUUAGGGUUCAGACUUUAUGUGGAAAACACAGGUUUUAUGUGCUAGUUCUCAGGUGUUUCUCGCUCUUAAAAAUAUCCCACUUCACAACGCACUGCUUUUCCACGUCUCUGUCUGCGGUAAAAUCUGCUUUAUCUUCUUUCUAACUUGGCCUUCUAGUGGAGUGAUUGUCUUAAAAAAAAAUCCAGUGCUUGCAUGCAUUUGUAGAUAAAAGUCCCCUUAAUCAGAAAUGAUUAUGAUUUCCUAUCUUAAAUUCACAGGAGUCAAGUGUAUAUUAAAUCCUUAUUAUUGUGGAGCUGCUCAAAUGGACAAUCAGGUGUCAGGAGAUGCUUAUCUGGGCUUCUGAUGAGUGCUUUCAGCUCAUAUCUGACAUUUUUUGUGUGUGUUUUUUGGUUGUUGUUGCUGUAUUAUAGAUUUCAAAUGCUUUUUAUUUUAUUGUUUCAGCUUUGUGUUUUUGAUGACUUUGUGCAUCUUCUGAUCCAAGUGCUUCUUAUCCCGUGUUUUGAGACGAACAGGGUCUCCUUGAGACUAGCUUGCCACCUAUUGAGGAUCGAGAUUGUCCUGUGAUCCUGACUGUUAAGCUGUUGCUUAAUUUGGGCUUUUCUAAAUGCUGGCUGAGAGGUAAUCAUAGCUGCGGCGCUGCAUUUGCUCCUGGCCUUGUGUGUUUGUACGGACUCUGUUAGCUUUACAAAACGCAGAGGAGAAUCUGUCAUUUGUGUCUGCUUUUUGAAGGCAAUCUAUCAUUCAGCUUUUUGAACUUUAACCUGUUACCUCUCUGAACUGUUUGCUGUUAAAGAUUGCCCCCCCAGCCCCAACCCACACAUAUACACACACAAACACACACACACCCCACUUCUCAAAGCAGCCUCAUUCCUACUGACGUUAGGAAGUAAAUCAGGCUUUGUACGUGGGUUCUGCUCUGAGGCCUUAACACAGCAUGAGAUGACCAGAGAGCGAGCAGUACCUCAGUCUAAUCAGUUUUUACUGUUCAAGUCAAAUAUCGCCAGAUGGCUGUUGUGGCUUUGAUUCUGGACUCGCUCCUCAGGGGGAAAUCACCACCAGCUGCUCCACAAGCACCAGUCUUUUUUUGUUUGUUUGUUUUAAAGGAAUCCACAGUCAUCACAAUGCCAUUCUUGAAGUUCAGUAAAAUGGCACGUUCACGCUGUCCAGUCCACGUUGGACAGUUCAUGAAGGAUUGAACUGUCUAGCCCUUUUUUUUUUUUAACUGCACAGGGAAUGAAAGUGGGACUUUAGUGGGAUUUUUUAAAAGGUUUGUUAGAAGCAGUUUUACUACCGUGUUGGAGGGCAAGUUUAUUUAAAACCCUGCUCAGAACUUUAAAACCGUUUGAUUUGUGAAGCAGCUAACUGAAUCCGUUUCGCUCUCUGAAGCAUUUAAGCCCCUUUCAGACAUGGAAUAUAUAACUUUGCUGUUUUUUGCCCUAGUGUUCCUCACAUUGUCUCAAAGAUGGCUGUGGCUGAGACAGCCACACUUAACUUGCAAUAAUUGCCAGACACAUGCGAGACGUGUUGCAUUUGCGGUAUUGAUUGCCAGUGUCGACUAUGGUGAGGUUAAACCACACUUGAACAUUUAGAGCUGUGAGUGUACCUCUUUGUUUGGUGCAUGGUGCAACAGCAAGCAGUGGCCGCCCCUGCUCCUCACAAACGGGAUCUGCGAGGUCAUUCUAGACAGAUGUAGAGCAGAAGCACAGUUCCUGAGAUAAUCCGCUUGUUGCUGUUUAGUGAAUUCUCCAGUGAGCUAAACGGCUCACAAAGAUGUGCCAGAGACAUACCCAGUCAUAAUCUUGCACAUGCUUAUCAGUUGCAACUUUCUGUCCUGGGUUUUACGGAAAGGUGACCAGAGUGCUUAUUCAGACAUGAAGCUGAUGCAUUAGGAUGCAAUCAGAUUCAUUCAUGUCUGAAACAGGCUUUAUAUGCAGAUGUUUUGCUCUGUUUGGAAAAUCAAAGUGUGUGUGUGUGUGUG